AUGGCAACCGUGUCUCUCACACCUCAGACUCCCCAGUGGCAAGCAUCGCCUACUAGGUCCGACAAUCCGACUCCAACGCCCGUCAUGCGUUCGCCUACUUCAGCGCCCGCGUCUUGGAAAGCGGAUCGAGAGCGACGACCCAAGCUUCGAGCUUCCUGCGACGCCUGCGCUGCUUCCAAGGUCAAGUGCAGUAAGGACCACCCGAUCUGCCAACGAUGUUCGGCCAACAGCUCGCAAUGCAUCUACGGCGUGUCGAGGAAGCACGGCAAGCCUGGGCGCACACGGAAGAGGAACCCAGAUGGCACGCCCUUCAUCAAAGGAUCAAAGCAACGACCAUCACCAGACGGCAGCGAGUUCGGCAAGUUCAGAGUAAGACCUGAGCCGAUCGCUUUGCCUCUCCCAGAAUUCGACAUUGCAUCGGCGUGGAACGCUAGCUGGUCGUCCACACCCAGCUUGCGAAGCACACCAGAAUUCGAGUUCGAGAUGACACCCGAGCCGUUCGAUAUGAGCAUGACGCCCGAGCCAAUGUACAUGGACUCGUUUAUGCCGAUGGGCUUCCCCUUUGUGGACGAUUUUCUCCUGCCGGCCGCCGACUUCCCCAUGGACCCUAUGCAAUCCAUCGAGCCCGAGCUUACCUUCCGAGAUCCAUUCGCAAAGAAGCAAUCGGUGCAGCUGGACCUACCGGACAUUCAGGCACUCAAGGACUACAUUGGCAGCGAGUCUGCCAACCCUUUCGACUGCACAUUCCAUGAUGUAGGCCUAGGUCUCUCGCUCGACAGCUCAUCCAGGUUGUCAGCGGAACCAAGCCCAAAAACCACGAGCUUGGAUCCGUCACGACACCGUCUCAGUGUGAGUGUAUCCAUGCCGACUUCGCACUGCUGUUCUUCACUCGCUCAAUCAACACUGGAGAGCCUACACAUCAUCGGUCCCGGUGGCACACAGUCCUGGCCUAACGUCGAGCGGAAGAGUCUUGACUCGGUGCUUUCCACAACGAAGCUUGCCGUGCAGAGUGUGUUGCAACUGCUCUGUUGUCCUUGCUCGUCUGAUGCGCAUAUGUCGAUGCUGUACUCGAGCAUCACAUGCAAGAUCUUGAACUGGUACCAAAUCGCGGCGGGCGUCAACCCGGCGGCAGCCCCACUGGCAAGUGCACCGUCUCUCAGCAGCAGUUCUUCACCCACAUGCUCCGUCUACUCUUCGCCAUUGUCUACGCCGGGCUCAGAGCAGUCGACGUUUAGCAUUCAGACGCAGCCUCUGACGUUUGGGCGGUACCAAUUUGACGAGGCAGAGCAGGAGCGGUUGCGGAGGCAGGUGGUGCUUAAAGAGCUGAAGAAGUGCGGACAGCUUGUGGACGCGUUGGCGAACUGGCGCGGCAACGGGCAAAGCGAGCAGGCUGAGUUCUUGUACGGUGUGCUCGGUGCGUGGCUCAAGAGCGAGUUGUACAAGACGCUGCAGGAGGUUGAGGGGAGCAGACGUUGA